CAAGGCUCCAGCACCGGCACCGAGUUCCCCUCCACGCCGCACAACUUCUUCGACUCCUUGCGACAGCGUUUGCCGGCAUUUACGGACGCAACCUCGCAAGCCGUCAUCAUGUCGCAGGAGAAGCCGCUCCCCUUUGCCUACCAGUUCGCCGCAGGCGCGGUUGCUGGCGUCUCGGAGAUUCUGCUGAUGUACCCGUUGGAUGUCCUGAAAACUCGCAUUCAACUCCAGACGGGCAAGGGUACGGGCGCGGAGUCGUACAAUGGCAUGAUGGAUUGCUUCCGGAAGAUUGUUAAGAAUGAGGGUUUCUCUCGCCUCUACCGCGGAAUCUCUGCCCCGAUUCUCAUGGAAGCUCCCAAGCGAGCCACCAAGUUCGCCGCCAACGAUGAAUGGGGCAAGGCCUACCGCAAGAUGUUCGGCGUGCCUCAGAUGACGCAGUCCCUGUCUGUCCUCACCGGCGCCACCGCCGGCGCCACCGAGUCGUUUGUCGUCGUGCCAUUCGAGCUGGUCAAGAUUCGUCUCCAGGAUAAAGCUUCCGCUGGCAAGUACAACGGCAUGAUCGACUGUGUCACCAAGACGGUGCGCAACGAAGGGCCAUUGGCCUUGUACCAGGGACUGGAGAGCACCAUGUGGCGUCACAUCCUCUGGAACGCUGGCUAUUUCGGCUGCAUUUUCCAAGUCCGGCAGCUGAUGCCCAAGGCUGAAAACAAGCGCAGCCAAAUGUUCAAUGACCUCAUCUCGGGCGCCAUCGGUGGCACCGUAGGUACCAUACUGAACUGUGGAAUGGACGUCGUGAAGAGUCGUAUACAGAACACGCCGCGGGUUCCAGGUGUUGUUCCAAAGUACAACUGGGCGUGGCCGGCUAUUUUCACCGUCCUGCGGGAAGAGGGCCCGGCCGCGCUCUACAAGGGCUUCUUGCCGAAGGUGCUUCGUUUGGGUCCUGGUGGUGGUGUUUUGCUGGUUGUCUUCACCACUGUGUCUGAUAUGUUUCGCAAGCUACAUUACGGAUAGAGCUAUGGACUCGGGCAAGACGGGUCUUUUCUGAGUAGAUUUAGAUCAAGACUUUAGACCAUUCACUAAGUCACCGUUCCCAAAGAAAACGAACAGUACGUGAGCCGAG